AUGCUCUCGGAUAAAGACCACGAUCCCGAACGUGGAUCCAAAGUUCCUCAGGCAGAACUGGUUGCCGGUCAUAUUCAAUGCUCAGUGUGUAGCAGUACCUUUCGACGACCGGAGCAUCUGAAACGACAUCUGCGGAGUCACACGAAAGAGAAACCUUUUGAGUGUGUCCAGUGCGGUCGGUAUUUUUCAAGAACUGACACCCUCCAUCGACAUGAAUUGAGUCAUCAUGCACCAGGGACGGGAGGGAAAGAUCGCGCCCAUCGGAUCACUGUCAAAACAUUCCGAGCAUGUUUUAGUUGCGCAACAGCAAGAGUAAGAUGUAGCGGUGGCAUGCCGUGCGGACGGUGCGACACUCGCUCGCUCGAAUGUCAAUAUCCCACGCAAAGGCGGUCCAAAGCAAAAGCUAUGAGAGAUUCAGCUGGACAAGAAGCCGGGGCGGAGACCGAGAAUCUCAACCCCAGGCACCAAGAUUCGAAUGCAGGCUCUAGCCAAAGCCAGUUGUCUAUAUACAGGCAAAAUGAACCGGUACCAUCAUCCAAAACUUCACUCAACGGACCAUCUACUUCCGGCAGUGACCACACAAGACGAAUGUCUCAAAAUACACACGGUGUCACAGGCGCCUCGGCUCCUGGUUUGUAUCUCCCAAAUGAGAUACAAGGGCCGUCUGAACCACUGCCACCAGGAGUUUACCCUGAAGAUAUCAACCGGACAUAUGAUAACUCGAGCUCCAACAUCCCCAAAGCGUUCCCGGUUAAUUCAUCUGACAAUAUAAGCUCUGAAACGAGGAAUCCUCACCUGGGGAUGUCCAAUACAACAGGUGACAUUGAAUUGACCAUGGAAAAUGACCCAGAGGUGUCGCUAGAGUUUGAUCCCACACUAUUUGACCAGUCCAUGCUUUCCACCAUCAAUUGGUUCCCUGGAGAGUUGCCCCCUGGUGCUCCUAAUGGCCACGAACAGUCGACCAGUCUUCCCUCGCAUUACAACCAAUCUCUUAGCCCGAGUGCCUACUUCUCUCGGGCAGCCUGGAAACCACCGGUUGUCAGCGGGCAAAUGAGUAUUUUGCAAAGAGAGCGGGUCUCUCAAACUCCCCCUGUGCAUGUUUCUCUAGGAAACAAUGUGGGAAGGCCCAAUCGAGAUUCCCAUCGCAUGAGCGAGCCUUCACCGCAUAAUGAGUCAGUGGAAUCCGCCAUGGGACCAGCGGACUAUUACGUUGAUGGUGCGCCAUCCAGACUUCCAAAGUAUAAAAAGAAACACACGCCUUGGUCCGGCUCAUCUGUGGAGCCGGUCGAUAUUGGCAGGCAGCUGGCCAUUGAAGAUAGUGAGCACCGGUUCAGCUUCCCUCUCAUCUCCGAAGUACGAAUAGAUCGAAUACCGGAAGAUACAACCCGCUUCGCACAACGGAUUGAGACCUCCACCUACGAUGAGCUUUAUCAGCACUUUGUUCAGCUAUGCUGCAAUGAAAGCCCAUUCUUUGAGGUGUUCGAAUCGGAGAGAUUUCCCACCAUGGACGAAUGCAACCAGUUUAUUCUCUACUUCUUCGAUUCAUUUCAGGCCGUCUAUCCGAUUAUACAUCUUUCCCAGUUUGAUCCGAAUACAAGCCAUCGGCUCUUGACUUUGUCAAUAAUAGCACUCGGGUGCCAUAUGUCCCUCAUUCCCGAGAUGGAGCAAUGUACAACUGCUCUCCACGAGCUGAUUCGGCGGGGUGUCUACCUUGAGAAGGAAAAGAGUCGCCCUGGUCAGGCUUCUCUCGAGAUAUUGCAAGCCAUGUUAUUCAACUGCAUUGGACUUCUUCACAGUAGCAGCGAGCGAGAGAAAGCCUCGGCCUUGAGCACUUUUAGUGACUUGGUGACACUCAUGAAAGCUUCCCGGUUAUUGGCCCCAGUGCGAGCAAUACCCAAUGAAGCGUCACUAGACGUAACCUGGGUAUCUUGGAUUCAAGAUGAGGUCAGGAGACGCACCGGCUAUUGUAUAUGGCUUGUGGAUUGUACACUUGCGUACUACUUCGAUAAUCGACCUCUGCUCUCCCUAGAUGACGGGCUAGCUGCGUUGCCUGCGCAUGAGAGGCUAUGGCAAGCAAGUUCCGCAGAGACAUGGAAGCCACUGUGGGCAGAUUCAUCUGCCAACGAAUCCUUAUACGAUGCAGCCCACAUCCUCUAUAUCGAGAAGCGAGUAGUAACCGGGAUAGGAGAAUUCAGUCACAUUCUGCUCAUUCACGCUCUCUACCAUCGAAUGUGGGAAGUGGGAGACUACUUUCGCCGCCCACUAUCCUUCUGGAACCCAACAGCAAAGAAGCAAUCCUGCGAGACCGCCAUUCCAAAAGGCUCAGUCUGGCUCCCGGGAAUCCCCUCGUACUCAAAAUGGCGCAACAGCGCGUGCGACUGUCUCGACAUCCUCCACUGGACCGCCAGCAGCACCAUAGCCAAAGCUGCAGGCUUCGAACACCCAACCAUCCUCCACCUUCACGCCGCCCGAAUACUCCUCCUUGCUCCAUUCCGCGAAAUACGCUCCCUCGCAACCUCGCUGGCUACAGAAAAGCAGCGCUGGAGCAAGCGACACCAGUCCCUCGAAUGGCAAUACAUUUGGCGCUGGAUGAAACACGACCAAUACAAAGCCCGGCUUUCAAUCAUCCACGCCGGCGUCACUCUCUGGCAUGUCCGUCGCUACUCGACGAACGCUUUUCACGAGCCUGUCGCAGUGUUUAUUGCUGUGCUCACAUUGUGGGCGUACGGAUCCUGUCAUGCAAGUUCCUCCCAUGAGUCCAGUCCGCAUUCGCAGGCGCGUGCGGAGCCGCUCCAUGAACCGAGAUUUGUUCAUCUUGAUCGGCCAUGCGAUGAUGAGCUUGUGCAGCUUUUUGUGAGAGAGGGCCAUGCUAUGAGAGGGAAUGUUACUGGUGUUGGUGAUAUCUGUGGUCUUGAGGGUCCAGAAAGGAUGCUGCGGGUCGGAUGUGAGAUCAUUUCGGGCUUGACAGCGUGGAGUGUUUCGAAGAAGUUUGCGGCUAUUUUGACGCGGUUGGCGGAUUUGAGCUCGUACCACGCCUCUGACCAGAAUUGCCGGCUUGAUGCUGAGAAUGUCUGA